ACAGGGAAAGUGGCCAACGCGCAAGCGCGAGACGGGCAAACCAUGGCGGAUUCAGGAAGCGAAGAUAUAGCGGUGAUUGGAAACACAGAUCUGACUCCUUCGGAGUCGGAAAACAACUUAAAGAACACGAUGGUUGAAAAAGGGACUAGUCUUCUGAAGAGGAUGGAGAUCAGUGUGGCUGAAGCAGAGAAGAGGACCGGCAAGAAUGCUGUCAACAUGCAAGAGACUUAUACAGUGUAUCUUAUAGAGACACGGCCUGUGGAUGCUGCAUCAGAAGGGACCAAUCCUGUCCCAGAUUCUCUUUGGAGGCGUUACAGCGAAUUUGAGCUCCUUCGAAACUAUUUGUUAGUUGCCUAUCCAUUUGUGGUGGUUCCGCCGUUGCCUGAAAAACGGGCUGAAUUUGUCUGGCACAAGCUGACAGCAGACAACAUGGACCCUGACUUCGUGGAGAGGCGUAGGGUUGGACUAGAGAACUUCCUGCUUCGAGUGGCCUCACACCCAGUCUUGUCCAAUGACAAGAUCUUCUAUUCAUUCCUCACCGAGGAAAAUGGUUGGAAGGAAACCGUGUUUGAGACAGGAUUUCAGGCGAAGGCCGAUUCAAGAUUAAAGGCUUUAAAUGCCACAUUCAGAGUGAAGAACCCAGACAAGAGAUUUGCAGAAAUGAAACACUACGGUGAUGAGCUGCAGGCUGUUAUUUCACAGCUGCUGAGAGUUCGGGCGAGAGCAGCUGAUCGCCUAUAUGGAGUCUACAAAGUGCAUGGAAAUUAUGGAAGAGUCUUUAGCGAGUGGAGUGCCAUUGAGAAAGAGAUGGGAGAUGGGCUGCAGAGCGCCGGCCAUCACAUGGACGCGUAUGCUGCUUCUGUAGAUGAUAUUCUAGAGGAAGAGGAGCAUUACGCUGACCAGCUGAAGGAGUACCUUUUCUAUGCAGACGCAGUAAGGGCAGUGUGUAGGAAGCAUGAACUGACACAGUUUGAACUGGAGAUGGCCGCCCAGGAUCUGACCUCUAAGAAACAGCAGCGGGAGGAACUCGCCACUGGGACGGUACGGACCUUCUCUCUGAAGGGGAUGACCAGUAAACUGUUUGGACAAGAGACCCCAGAGCAGAGAGAGGCCAAGCUGAAAAUGCUGGAGACACAGAUUGAAGAAGGAGAGGAACUGGUCAAAGAAAGAAACGCAGAAUGCGACGAGUAUGUGAAAAGUGCAUGGGUGGACAUUGAAAGGUUUAAAGAGCAGAAAGACCAUGAUCUCAAAGAGGCUCUCAUCAGCUAUGCCAUCAUGCAGAUCAGCAUGUGCAAGAAGGGAAUUCAAGUGUGGAACAACGCUAAAGAGUGCUUCAGUAAGAUGUGAGGGUUCCAGCCAUGACAACCAGAACACCAGGAGGCCUUGGAGAUGUCAAUCCAGAGAAGCACACACUCCUAGAGACUGACCAUGGGGACUAAAGUCUUCCUCUCAAUCCUAAACUUUUGUCAGCCUCUUGCACCAGAUGCUCUGGUGUAAAAAGGUAUUGAAUAAUAUUGGCAUACACUAGUGUCAGUUUCAGUCCAAAUAAUAAAUGGAUGGGGUGCUGUUUUAUUUAUUUCCAUGUUCACCAGCCAGAUUUUAGAUCUGGUUACUUUUGUGACUGCACUAUUUUGACCUACACAAGAGUUUGUGAAGGUUGCAUACAAUUAAUGAUUUAACACUUCAGACAGAAACAGAAGAACAACUUAAUUAAGAUCGAUUCAUCUUGAACUAUGGAAUGAUUUCUUUAUAAUUUGUAAUAAUUUUUUUAUUGUUUUAUUAUCUUUAUGAUUUUUGAUGCCAAUAUGUUUGCUAAAAUCAUUCCUUUUUUCUUUUCCAUCAUCUUUUUACUUCUUUAGUUAACCAUAAAACACAAAAGCACAGAUUAAAAUAGUCAAGGCAAAAUAUAAGGGUGGGUUUUGGGAGGAAAAAAGUUCUCAGCGAAUCCAGCAGUUCCAUUUUUAUCAUACCCCACACCCCUCCCCAUAAUGGUGGUCUCCCACAUCUGGAACAUGUCCAGUUUCUGUGCAACAAGCAAAAUGAUCUUUAUCACCUGGUGCGGAGGACACCAAGAGUCAAAUUUCCUACGAAAAGAAAAGUAACUGGUCUUAUUCACAUGCAAACUAAAUUUACCCUAACGCCCAUACAGCAAACAAAGUCCCAUAAAUUCAUCAUAAUAUGCUGGUCUGUAACUUUCUGCACAUUCUGCCAUAAAAACUAAGCUGUUUAUAACCACUGACCCCCUCCCUUUAUAUGGUUCAGUUCAUCUGAUAAAUAUUAAUAUGCUGUUUAUGUCUUAUUCAAAACUCAACUCUGCAUAUUUUCUUUGUCCACUAUGAAUGCCAUAUUUGUCAUCUGUUAUGAUGAGUGGGUGGGUCUAUGUUUUGAUAGAAAUCUGGCUAAAGGAAUACGAAGGUCACAGGAAAGGCUGGAUAUAAUAAUUUCCCCAUUUUAGAGUUGCAUGUGUAACUCAGCCUGACCUCUGGUCAUUUGGUUCAUUUUUGGGUUAUAGGGGGGUAGAGAUAACCAUUUGUAUAUACUGUUAAAAUCAUUGAUGUGUAACACUAAUGGUAAUAAUAAAAAAAUAAAACAUUCCCAUUAUCAUUUGGCUUGUUUUCA